UCCUUGCCCGACAAAAUGAGUUGGGCCCAAAAUGCCCAAUCUCAUUCCCUAUUUUUAAUUGAAUUUUCUUCUGCUUUGUAGCAAAAACCCUAAUUUCCAUCAGUCUUGCUCCAGGCUUCAGCUGAAAAAAGUGUCUCCUUUUCGUCAUCCAUCGGAUCCUUCUUCUGAUCCAAAAAGGAAUUAUUUUUAAUGGCCGGCAAAGCAGCGCAAUCUGUGGUGAAGGCAGUUGGGGAAUACCAAUAUCCAUGGCGUGAGAAAUUGGCUAAGUACAAAGUUGAGUUAUCAAAGGGAGUGUGGGGGUAUUGGGAACUUGGAGCCUGGAAGCCUCUGGGCAUCAGCGCUAGACGUCGAGCCAGGCUCCGAAAGGAAGUGCUUUUAGCAGGCCAAGAUUGGCCGUACGAUCCAGAGAGGAAAGAGAUGAAAAGUAAGAUGAAAGGUCACAAGUGCGACAGAAUAGCUGCUGAGAAAAGGGAGAAUACUGCAACUUUGAUGCAGAAAAUGCCUGAGAUGUUGCUUGCUUAUAAGAAACGUAGGUGGGAGAAGAAAAUGAAGGAAGAGGAGAAGUUGAAAGAAAAAUAAAUCUGAAUAUUUUUAGAUUUUUUCCCCUUUUUUUGGAUGAAAAUAAGAAAAGAUGUUGGGUUUCGAGUUUGCAAAUGCUAAAAUCUUGUACUGAUGAUGAUCAAUGUUAGGUUUUAUUUAUUUAUUUAUUUUUGGGAUUAUGUAUACGCUGAAUUUUGAUACAGAUCUUUAAUGGGAAUAUUUGAA